AUGGGCGACUUACCAGUACCGCGCAUAACAGCCAGUAGAGCUUUCCUAAACGUCGGCGUUGAUUAUGCAGGCCCCUUCAAUAUCUCCAUGAGUCGUCACAGAGGCGCUCGAACCUACAAGGCUUAUAUAUGCUUGUUCAUCUGUUUAGCCACUAAGGCGAUACAUCUCGAAUUAGCUUCAGAUUUAACAAGCGAUACAUUUUUAGAUUGCUUGAAACGAUUCCUAGCCCGGCGUGGUCCUAUCAAAUGUAUUUACUCCGAUUGUGGAACCAAUUUUAUAGGAGCCAAAAAUACUCUUGAUUCCUUAUUCCUUCUCCUAAAUUCCGAAGAGUAUAAAAAGCGUUUCAAUGAAUUAUUGGUUUUACAUGACAUUGAAUGGAAAUUUAAUCCACCGUUUGCCCCACAUUUUGGAGGUAUAUGGGAGGCGAAUAUUAAAUCAGUGAAGACCCAUUUGUUUAAAGUUAUAGGGUUGCAAAUUUUAUCCUACGAAGAGUUUAAUACAGUCCUCAAUCAAAUCGAAGCCUUACUGAAUUCAAGACCGUUAUGUUGGCUGAGCAAUGAUCCAUCGGAUCCUCAACCUCUUACGCCUGCGCACUUCUUAAUGCAAGAGCCUCUGUCGGAUUUGCCCGUUGACUAUGAAAACUUGAAUUUGACUAAAAGAAAACAAUUGCUAGAUCAUAUUGUCGCUUCUUACUGGAAGCGAUGGAAUGUGGAAUAUCUGACCGAGCUACAGGUCCGACAGAAAUGGAAUACAGUCACUAAUCCUAUUAAAAAGGGUGAUUUGGUAGUUGUAAAACAAGAGAAUGCGCGUCCGCUCCAUUGGGGGUUGGGAAGAGUUGAAGAGGUUUUUCCGGGCUCCGAUGGAGUGGUUCGAGUAGCAUUGGUAAAAACGGGAAAUACCCUAAUCAAGCGGCCUGUUGUCAAACUAUGCCCCCUACCUAUUCAAUAG